AUGCAAGCGGAAACGUCUAACGAGCUCUAUCUGGAAAGGUUACGAGCAAUCGAAGAAAAAAUCAUGAAAAUGAAAGAACACACAAAAGAAACAGACUUGCAGCGACUUGUUCAAGCCGAAGAAAUUGAAGAUUUGAAGAAAAAAGUGAUAAAUCAGGAGUGGAGAGAUGGAAUCUUUCGAAAAGAGAUUGAAAAAAUGAAAUCGGAUGCUCAAAAACAACAAGAGUCGCAGGUUGAAACGGCUGGAAUUCGAGCCGAACCAGCUUUCAGAGAAGCUUUCAAAGAGAUACAAAAACAAGUUAAAACUUUCGGAGAAAGUGUUGUCGAAGAGAUUCAUCUUAUCCGUGGAAAAUUGGAAGCGGUUGAAAAAGAACAGGAUAAUCAGAGAGAAAUGAUCCAAGCUAUAAGAGAAAAUAAUAAUCCCCCAAGAACUGAUUAUUCGCGAUUCAUUCAAAUGGCACCAAACCCUUUGAUGCAAAUCGUUCAAGAUGCGUAUCCAGGUUUAUUCAAUAGUAGAAAUAGUUGUAUUACGGUUGGAGAGUUGGAUAAGAGAUGUGGCGCUAUUCAGGGAACAAUUAAUGGAAUUUAUCAAAUGGUUUACAGCAUCAAAAGCGAGCUCGACGCCAUGGUCUAUAAACAAACAAAGCUGGCGAACGGCUUGUGUCAAUUCAAAGAAGAGCUUCAUGAUAUUUCUCAGAACAGAACUGUUUCCUCUGUUUCCAGUCAUUGCAACGAAGAUGAUAUAACGAAAACGAUUGUUGGAGAAUGGAAACUGAUUUCCGAAAAGAAUUGUGAACAGUUCUGUACAAAAAACACUAAUUAUUCUCAUGAAGUUCACUCGGAUAACAUCAAAUUUGAUUUAGAAGGCUUCAGACUUAAUUCGUAUUUCUUCAAUGGUCAAAUCUACACAUUCUUUACAAGCAAGAUGCGCGGUGAACCCUCUGCUACAAGAACUCGGUGGUACAUCGUAGACAAUUCGAUUGUGUCUGUUAAUGUAGAUCAGAAAACACAGCUAGUCGAGUACUGCAAGCAUUCUGUAAAAGGCGACAACCUGAUGUUGAUCAAUCAUAUGUCUGGAAUUGAGUGCACGCGAACUUAUAAGAGAAUUCAAUAA